AAUUCAUCCGCCACCAACGAAAUAGCAAAUCGACUUCCUGGAAAAAGAGAAGAAAGGGAAAUAAGAUUCACGUCUUGGCGGUCUCGCCCUUGGAGAUUUCACGGGUUCUUCGGGUUUAGCCCUUUUUUGAUUCAUCAGAGAUUUCAAUUCUCAAGCCGAUCCGCUUCAUUCAUUUAAAGUUUAUUCUCUCAUCGUCUCAUCAGGGACUGUAGAGAGAGAAGAGGAAGAAGAAGAGGGAGGGAGAGACUGGGGAGGGAGGGAAGGGAAUGACUGGGGAAGGGGUGAAGAAAAGAGGGUUAUUGUGUAGUGGUAGGAAGAAGAAGGACAAGAUGAAUCGAGCUCAGAGUCAGAGCAGCAGAGAUGGGUUCGAUUCAGAAAUGAAAACAGAGGAGGGAAAGUAUCAGAGUAAGAAGAGAUUCGAGCGUCAGCUUGUGAAAUACGAAGCUUUGCCUGAUUAUCUCAAGGACAACGAGUUUAUUCUUGAUUAUUACAGGUCUGAAUGGCCCAUCAAAGAUGCCAUUCUCAGCGCUUUCUCUUGGCACAACGAAACUCUCAAUGUUUGGACGCAUUUGGGGGGAUUUCUAAUUUUUGUGGCGCUGACGGUGAUGAGCUCCAUGGAUAUCCCGGAAGGUCGAGGAAGCUUUCUCUCUGGUUUCUCAAGGUCGAUUCCAGGGGCUUUCAUCACUGCUAACAACUCAGACAAAUUAUUUCCGGACAUGAAACCACGACAAGUAACAUCACAAGGGUCAGUCUUCCAAGUGGACGAAGGAGAAAGUAAUGGAAUUGAUGCACUCCCUCGGUGGCCCUGGUUUGUGUUCUUGGUUGGUGCCAUGGCUUGCUUGGUUUGCAGCUCCCUCUCCCACCUCCUUGCCUGCCACUCUCGCCGUCUUAAUCUCUUCUUCUGGCGCCUUGACUAUGCUGGUAUCUCCAUCAUGAUCGUCUCCUCCUUCUUCACCCCAAUUUACUACAUCUUCUUCUGCCACCCCUACACUAGACUCCUCUAUCUCUCCUCCAUUUCCACCCUUGGUGUCCUCGUCAUCAUCACAUUACUAGCUCCUGCCCUCUCCUCUCCUCGCUUUAGGCCAUUCAGGGCUAUCCUCUUCCUCACCAUGGGCUUCUCAGGGGUCAUACCAGCCGGCCACGCCCUUGCCUUACAUUGGGGCGCCCCACAUAUUUUUGUAUCUCUUGCAUAUGAACUUGCUAUGGCACUCUCCUAUGCCACCGGUGUAGCAUUCUAUGUUAGCCGGAUCCCAGAGCGGUGGAACCCCGGAAAAUUCGAUAUUGCUGGCCACAGCCAUCAGAUCUUCCAUGUGCUCGUCGUCGCCGGAGCACUGGCUCAUUAUGCUGCCUCACUGGUGAUCUUGGAUUUUCGCAAGGCUUCUCCUACCUGUCUGACAUGGAGUAGUUAAAAGUUACAAAUUGUAUGAGUGGGACAAUAUUCCAUAUCAAUUUAGCUUUGAUGAAUUAAUGGUGAAUAUAUAAUUGAGUA